AUGUCACUCUACUCGGAGGACGACCUGGGAGGGUACUUCCUACCUGAUGAUCCCGCUCCUUCUUCAUCCUCAACAUCGACCUUGGGAGAUCCUCUGCACACCUUGACUUCAGCACUCGCUCUACCUUCCGAAUCGACCGCUCAGCAAGAAGGACUGAACGAUGCUGCUAGGAAAUUCGAGGAGAACCCCAGUAAACUACCUGAAUUGGUACCUCAGCUCCUGGGCUUGAUCUCAGAGGGAGACGAUACCAUGUUGAGGUUCUGGACGUUGGAUAUGAUUGCUUUGGCUGUGGGGAGGAGUGGGUUGAAAUUGGAUGUCAAGCUGACCGUCGCCCAACAAUGUCUCGAAGCUCUUUGCAAACUCCUAAACUCCAAUUCCAUCACAACUAUCAAAGCGGUCAUACCGAUAUUCUCAACCAUUUACCCACUUCUUUUUCGCUUAUUAGCUACCUCUAGACCACAACCCGAGAUAGUAGAGAUGUUCAAUACCUCCAAAAUGAGGAUACUCACUUUCGCCCUGGAUCCUAACGCUCAACCAAACAAUAUAGGUAUUAGAGCCGUCUCGUGGAAGUUUUUACAGAAAGUUGUAUUGGCUGGAACCAGAGCUGCAGGAGCGGAUCCCCGACUACAGCAUAGGGCGACCAACCCUAAUGAUGUCAAUUUCACGAUGAUCCAGCCGGAUUGCGCGUUGAAUGUGAAUGAGGUAGAAGAAGAAGGAAGUGCACUUUUGACUCAGCUGGUCACCCAUCUGUAUUCUCUCUCUGAUCCCGCUCUUCUCCAUCCAAUUAUCAGCACCCUGCCUAUUUUGUGUAAAUCUCGACCACUCAUAGCGGAUGCGCUGAUAAGCUCCAUGACACUUUGGACGCCCUCAGCCCUCGGUGCAGCAGGCAGACAACCUAUGGAGAUCAGAGCGGUGGAGAAGACCAUGAGAUUAGUAAUGACCCAUUUAUUACGCCAUCCUCCGUUCGCCAACUUCGCAGCUAGGCUCAACGAAGCCUUACUCCGUCAAAAGCAACGUAUGGAAUCAGCAUUCGCAACCGAGGUAUCGAUGCGAAGGGAGAUGAGGAAAGCGAAAACCCCAGGUAAACAUGCUAUGGAGGUGAAUGACAACGAAGCGGAAUCGAGCGAACAGGCUCAGAAGAGGGCCAGAUUACAAGGGGAAUUACGAGUUCAACCUGGAUCAGGAAGUGGUAAAGGACCUGAAUUCGAUGUGACGAAUUUACCAGUGGAGAGUGUCAUUGAAGCUGUCAUGCAAGGUUUGGAUGUGGCACCAUUAGAAUUGCUGAAUCAUGCUUUUGAUAAUGCCAGAGAAGCUAUUGUCGGAGGUACAUCCGAUUCUCAUCUUCUAUUGGCAUCAGUACUGGGCGUAGGAAUCGCUAAAGUAGAACCGAAAGAAGAAGAGUCGGAUGAGGUGCUGAACCCUCUAGACAUGGAUCUAGACGAUGAUGAUUUACUUCUCGAAGGAGACGAUGAGCUGCCUGCCGAAGAAGAAGAUAUACCUCUAACAUUCACGUCGUUCACACUCCCUCCACCUGAACCUUUAGAUCCCGAAGAUAAAGUUUAUGUUUUGAGCACAACGUUACAGCGUAUUUGGACAACAGGAGCAGAUCUAUCGACUUUACCGGACGCUCAAGAUGACGUAGAUACGGAUGCGAUCAAGCUGGCAGUCAAACCGAAAGAAAUGUGGAUGCUACUUCUUGCUAGACUUGCUACAAGGGUCAAAGGGGAGAAUGAUGAGGAAAGGAGAAAGGCAGUCGCCGAUUUCGUCGUAGACGAUUUUGUGAAUCGCUCGAAAUUCGCUUCCAUAUGGCUUAGCGAAGAAUGGUACAAUUCCAAGAUACAUAAAUCCCCUUCUACCACAUAUACCGAUAACCUACUAUCUAUCCUCACCGCCUACUUGCCCAAAAUCGACGCAAAAGAUAAGACAUUAUUCGCAUUUAUCAACGGCCUCCCCGAAAUCCCCUCUCAACUUACCCAACUCCUCGAAGAUCUCUGUCAAGAUACCGAUAGAAACUUAGUCGGAUUCUUAGCUUUAAGGGAUAUAAUCGAAACUCGACCGCCCGCCAGACAGCUGGCAUUAGAUACAUUGUUAGGUCUUUGUACGCACCCCGAGCGGAAAGUCAGGGUACCCGCGAUAAUCACCACGGUCAGGAAAUGGGGUCCAGAUUCGCCGAUGAUGCCUAAACUUGUAGAGUACGCUCUGGGAGUGUUGUGGAGAUUGAAGAAUGGCAAGAAAAGUGAAGAUGAGGGUGAGGCGGAGAAUGGGAAUGAUAAUGGAGGCGGAGGUGAAGAUGGUGUAAAGAUCAAAACUGAAGAUGAGCUUAAGCCCAAAGACGAAGAUAUCACGAUGAUGGAAGUUGGUAUGGAUAUACCAAAACCUAUAACGUCCAAAUUCUUACCUUCAUCACCUUCUGAAAUAACCGCCGAAACGGUUCAACAACAUGUCGAGCUCUGUUUCGCCCUAACCAAACGUAAACAGGAAUUACUUGAUUCGAUAUUCACGUUGUAUCCUCUACUACCCUCGAGCGAUAUUCAAGAUGCCCUUGAAGCUCAACUUAUCCCCUUGAUACAGAGUUUGGGACCUACCGAAAAACUGCUUGAUAUUCUCAAAUCGUACAAGAAGGGUACAGAGGGAUUGUCAAUGAGGAUUAUAGGGAUACUCACUCAGAAUGGAUCUAGCCCCGCGUUAGUUGGCGUGAUUAAGAGUCUGUUGAGUGAGAAGGACGUGGAUGGCAAGUUUGUGGCGUCGGUUGUGGGCGAUUUGGACAGGGCUGAAAUAGAGAAACAACUCCCACGAAUCGUCUCUCUCCUUGCUAAUCCCGACGAUAAAGAUCUUGUGCGCACGGCUUUCGCAUCCAUGUUGGGUAAGAUGACUCCUGCGGAUUUGAUGGUGGCUAUACAUCAGGAUGAGAGUAGUCAAUUGAGGUAUACCAUCGAGGCGAUUGGUAUAUGUUUCUCUAUGACAACGGUAUUCCGAUCCGAUAUACUUGCCAACUCAAUGUCACGUAUUGCCGACUUACCUACCCAAUUACCUGUUGUGUUCCUCCGAACAAUCAUUCAGGUAGUCACCACCUACAAAUCACUCAUCCCCUUCGUGGCGAACCAUGUGCUUCCUAAAUUGAUUUCCAAGAAGAUAUGGGAGAAUAAACCGAUCUGGGAUGGUUUUAUAAGAUUGGUCAAACUCAUUUCACCGGCUAGUUUCGGUUCAUUAUUGCAGUUACCUAAAGAACAAUUAAAGGAGGUUGUACAGAAACAACCUUCCAUCAAGAAUGGAUUGAAGACCUUUGUGAUGAAUAAACCCGGUGGGAAUAAGCAGGUUUUAGCGGAGAUCUUCGGCGAAGAAACACCGGCUCGGGAAUAA